GCCAUCUCCCAUCCACCCUUUCCCUCUAUGCAACAGUCAAUAAACCACAAACUACCUCUUCCACAAAAUUGCUACAUAUAUCCAAUCCAUUACACAAAAAUGUUGGGGAAGAAACUCGGAUCAAUGAAGAAACUCGGCUCAAUUAAGAAACUCGGACAAAUGAAGAUACUAGCCAAGAAGGUUAAGUCCAUUGGAAGCAACGAGGCAUCAUAUGAUGACAACUUGCUUGGGGACGACCUCUCCGAAGCCACGACUCCCGUUGGAACCUUCCCGCUGUACGUGGGCAAGUGCCGGCAGAGAUUUGUGGUGCCAACUGGCUAUCUCUCGCACCCUUUGUUCAAGAUCAUGUUGGAGAAGGCGUAUAAUGAGUUCGGAUUCGACCAAAGAGAUGUGCUGGUUGUACCGUGCAGUGUUGCCGCAUUUGAAGAAGUGAUCAGUGCAAUUCAAUGGUGCAAUCCCAAAUUCGAUUUUGGUGAGUUGGUGCAGGAGUUUAUUUAGCCUAAGGCCUUGAUUAGUUGUACAUUAGUCACAUAUAGUAUAUUCAUAAGAAAGUUAAUUCAGUCAUUUUAUGGCAAAUACAAUCAACCUUUUCAAGAUCGAACAAGUACAAACAAGUCAGAUUAAUCAGACCUAAUUGAUUAAUUGGCAGAAAGGUUAUAUACCAAAAACAUCAACUCAAAAAAGUGUAAAGUGAAUGUUUGAUUAAUUUGGUGUUAUUUUUGUUUGAA